AUGAUUGCCGGCGAGGACUGCCAUAUCGUGUGCGGCGAUGCAGACCACGACUUCAACUUCCCUGAGACCUGCGUGACCUCCGUUGGUGAGUUCAAGGUGGGUGUUGUUCAUGGGCAUCAAGUGGUGCCCUGGGGUGACAACAACUCUUUGGUGAAGUUCGCCGGCCGGCUGGGUGUGGAUAUCCUCGUCACCGGGCACACGCACAGGAGCAGCAUCACGGAGCUCGGUGGCAAGUUCAUCAUCAACCCGGGCUCGGUAACGGGAGCAUGCAAUGCCUUGGCGGAGUUCGAUGUGACGCCCUCCUUCAUGCUUAUGGCCGUCCAGGAGAAGUCUGUCGUCCUCUACACCUACGAGCUCAAGGAAGGCCAGACUGAGCCGGAAGUGAAGAUGAACGAAUUGAAGCGGUGCCACAUCCACAAGCCUAAACCCGAAGCCAUCCUUGAACCGCAUCCGGCCUCAAAGGCCCAGCGGACCCCUUGUCCUCCUAUCUGGAGCCCGACUCGAUUGGGCCUUCGCGCCGAAGCGAAGCGUGCAGUGGCUCGUGCCGACGCCGACGGCCUCCGCUUCCGGGCCCUAGGACCAGCACUGGCGAAGUCCUCGGACUUUGAUGAGUUUGCAGCGGCUCUGUUGGGCCAUCGCGCGAUGGCCGCCAUCUCCUCCUACGAGCAGAGCCAGGCCCUAGCGCUGGUGGAGGAUCGCACCUACACCGGAGAUGAGGUGAAGGCUCGACGGCUUCGGGCGUACAAGGACGAGUCAGCAACCUGGCCGCCAACAGCGCCGGAGAACCAUGUGACGGAGCAGAGGCGCCAGGCCAGACUCUUGCGUGACCGAUUCAACCCAGACUUCUUCCACUUGCGCCCCUCCCUUCCGGGUGGCCCUGAGGCAUUGAAGAAGUAG